UGUCAAGAUGACGAGCCUUAACCCCAAGGACAAAGAAACCGUGAAGGCCUUCUGGAAAGUGGCUUCAGUUUACCAUGAUGAGAUUGGCAGGGAGGCUCUGAACAGGCUGAUUGCGGUGUACCCACAAACCAAGACUUACUUCGCUCACUGGGAUGAUGUCAGCCCUGGAGCUCCUAAUGUUGUCAAGCACGGCAUCACCAUUAUGAAGGCCGUUUCUGAUGCAGUGGGCAAAAUCGAUGACUUAAAGGGAGGACUUCUGAAUCUUAGUGAGCUGCAUGCCUUCACUCUGCGUGUGGAUCCUGCUAACUUCAAGAGCCUGGCCCACUGUGUCAUGGUGGUUCUUGCCAUCAAGUUCCCUGAAGAAUUCACUCCUGAGGUCCACAUGGCUUUUGACAAGUUCCUGGCUGCUCUGGCCAUGGCUCUGUCUGAGAAGUACAGAUAA